ACCACCCAGGAGCCCGGAGGCGGGCGCGGUUUCGGAAGGUUCCGCGCCUCAGCUUACUCGUGGUUAGGAAGGUGCUGGGAGAGGCGCAAGCCUGUCCUGGAAGGUCAGCGCCCGCAGAGAGAAGGACGGGCCAGACCCAUGAACUACAAUCCCUGACGCCGCUUUGGCCCUUCCUAACCGUUAGGAGCGCGGAGGGCCAUGGCUGAGGUUCACGUGAUCGGGCAGAUCUUGGGGGCUACCGGCUUCUCAGAAAGCAGCCUUUUCUGCAAGUGGGGCAUCCACACAGGGGCGGCAUGGAAACUCCUCUCCGGCGUGCGGGAGGGCCAGACACAGGUGGACACGCCGCAGAUAGGGGACAUGGCCUACUGGUCCCACCCUAUUGACCUGCACUUCGCCACCAAAGGCCUCCAAGGCUGGCCAAGGCUCCAUCUCCAAGUGUGGUCCCAGGAUAGCUUCGGCCGCUGCCAGCUUGCAGGCUACGGCUUCUGCCACGUGCCCAGCAGCCCCGGCAGCCACCGGCUGGACUGCCCCACUUGGCGGCCCCUGGGCAGCUGGAGGGAGCAGCUGGCGAGGACCUUCGUGGGCGGCGGGCCCCAGCUGCUGCACAGCGACGUGGUGUACAGCGGGGCCGAGCGCUACCGCCUGCACACGGCGGCUGGGGGCUCAGUGCACCUGGACCUCACGCUGCUGCUGCGCCACUUCCAGCGCUACGGAGUGGAGUGCUGAGCCGGGACCGGAUGCCCGCGCACCCCAGGACCCAGAGCCCCAGCCGGCGCACC